AUGAACAAGCUGUACAUCGGCAAUCUCAACGAGAGCGUGACCCCCGCGGACUUGGAGAAAGUGUUUGCGGAGCACAAGAUCUCCUACAGCGGCCAAUUCUUGGUCAAGUCCGGCUAUGCCUUCGUGGACUGCCCCGACGAACACUGGGCGAUGAAGGCCAUCGAAACUUUCUCCGGGAAAGUGGAGCUGCAAGGAAAACGCCUAGAGAUUGAACACUCCGUCCCCAAAAAACAAAGGAGUCGAAAAAUACAGAUCCGAAAUAUUCCACCCCAGCUUCGAUGGGAAGUACUGGACAGCUUGCUGGCUCAGUAUGGGACAGUGGAGAACUGCGAGCAAGUGAACACCGAGAGUGAGACAGCAGUGGUGAAUGUCACCUAUUCCAACCGCGAGCAGACCAGGCAAGCCAUCAUGAAGCUGAACGGCCACCAGCUGGAGAACCACGCCUUGAAGGUCUCCUACAUCCCUGAUGAGCAGAUAGCACAGGGUCCCGAGAAUGGGCGCCGAGGUGGCUUUGGCUCUCGGGGUCAGCCCCGCCAGGGCUCUCCUGUGGCAGCGGGAGCCCCAGCCAAGCAACAGCAAGUGGACAUCCCCCUGCGGCUCCUUGUGCCCACCCAGUACGUGGGCGCCAUCAUUGGCAAGGAGGGCGCUACCAUCCGCAACAUCACGAAACAGACCCAGUCCAAGAUCGACGUGCACAGGAAGGAGAACGCAGGCGCUGCCGAGAAGGCCAUCAGCGUGCACUCGACCCCCGAGGGCUGCUCCUCUGCCUGUAAGAUGAUCUUGGAGAUUAUGCACAAGGAGGCAAAGGACACCAAAACGGCUGACGAGGUUCCCCUGAAGAUCCUGGCCCAUAAUAAUUUCGUGGGGCGUCUCAUUGGCAAGGAGGGGCGCAACCUGAAGAAGGUGGAGCAGGACACAGAGACGAAAAUCACCAUCUCUUCGCUACAGGACCUCACCCUCUAUAACCCCGAGAGGACCAUCACCGUGAAGGGCGCCAUCGAGAACUGCUGCCGGGCCGAGCAGGAGAUCAUGAAGAAAGUUCGGGAAGCCUAUGAGAAUGACGUGGCUGCCAUGAGUCUGCAGUCUCACCUCAUCCCCGGCCUGAACUUGGCUGCUGUAGGCCUUUUUCCAGCCUCCUCCAGUGCAGUCCCACCACCUCCCAGCAGCGUCACCGGAGCUGCCCCCUACAGCUCCUUUAUGCAGGCUCCAGAGCAGGAGAUGGUGCAGGUGUUCAUUCCUGCCCAGGCAGUGGGCGCCAUCAUCGGCAAGAAGGGGCAGCACAUCAAACAGCUCUCCCGUUUCGCCAGCGCUUCCAUCAAGAUUGCUCCUCCUGAAACUCCGGACUCCAAACUUCGUAUGGUCAUCAUCACUGGACCCCCAGAGGCCCAAUUCAAGGCUCAGGGAAGAAUUUAUGGAAAACUCAAGGAGGAGAACUUCUUUGGUCCCAAGGAGGAAGUAAAGCUGGAGACCCACAUCCGGGUACCAGCGUCGGCAGCUGGCCGGGUCAUUGGCAAAGGUGGCAAAACGGUGAAUGAGCUGCAAAAUUUGACAGCAGCUGAGGUGGUGGUGCCGAGAGACCAGACCCCUGAUGAGAACGACCAGGUCAUCGUCAAGAUCAUUGGGCAUUUCUAUGCCAGCCAGAUGGCUCAGCGGAAGAUACGAGACAUCUUGGCCCAAGUCAAACAGCUGCACCAAAAGGGACAGAGUAACCAGGCCCAGGCCCGGAGGAAGUGACCGGCCCCUACCCAUCACGUCGGCUCAAGGACAACAGGCCGAAAUCGAGAGCACGUUCUCCCCAGCAGGCCUGAGAAUGAGCGGGAAUCAGGGACACUUGGGCCGGGAUGUAGAUCAGGUUUGCCCACUUGCUUGAGGAAGUUGUUCCAGUGAGGAACCCUGAUCUCUCAGCCCUAAACACCCAACCAAUUGGCCCAACACUGCCCACCCCUGAGGGUGUCACCAUGGAAAUUCUAGCUCAGGGUGCUUUUAAACGUGGAUUGUUUAAGUUCUCUAGGUCCCACCGAGAGGGUGGGUCAGACCCCAGUGGGAAGAGAAAUAAAAUUUCCUUCAGGCUUUUAAAACACGCA